AUGUAUCGGGCCACCCUGCGGUCUGUCUCAGACCCUUUGCGCGAGCAUGUCUGUCUCUCAUGCUUAGCUCGCGGCCUCGAAGCCCAGCCCUGGGCUCGCCGCUUCCACACCGCGCCCAGGUUGCGCUCCCAGGCCACCGAGACUUCUUCCACUGUCGCCAUUGAAGAGCAGCUGAAGGCACUAGAGAAGAACCUCCCGGAUAGAAGGACACCCGCCCAUGUGAAAAAGUCCCUUCGGACGCAAAAUCCCAAGUCACCACAGAAUGCGGACAAGAAAGCGGUCCGAAAGGCCGCCAAGCAAGAAGCGAUGAAAAUGCGCAAGAUGGACCCUGCAAACCAAGCAGCCGACACCGAGACUGCGAAGGAGGAGAAGAAGCAACCGGAGCCGAAGGACAAGAAGGACCAAAAAGCUCGCGCGCAGCAGAAGACUGCUCCUGACUCCUCGACAUCUCCCAAACCGCAGGUAUCGGCCAACAAACAGUCUACCAAACUACAGCUUCCUGUUCCGAUCACCGGAAAGGACACCGGAAAGAUCAAUGCAGACCGCGACUCCGUGAAAGCCCUGGAUGUCGAGACCCCCGAAGUCCCGCAACUGGCCUAUGGCCUGGACAGAGUGCUGUUCAACCCGGGAGUCUACCAUCUUCGGGAUCCGCGAUCGCGCGUCUACAAUUUCGAUCCAUACCUUGGGUCCAUUAUGCCUGUCACCGAAUUCGACUUCGAAGCGUUGAAGGAAUACAUCACCUCCUCCAAGGACGAGCAGUUACGGGGCCUGGCGCAGAAGGAAAAGAAGAAGUAUAUUGGCUCCUCUUCCAGUAUGACAUCCGUAUUGUCGCACUUCCACUACCUUCUGUCCUACUGGAGAGAGGUCAACAUCCAACAAGUGUCCCGGGGCUUUCAGGAAAGGCUGCGGACCUUCACGCGACUCUUGCGAGCUCCCUCGGCCAUGUUCCUGCGCUACCAGAACGGCGUCUAUGCCAUCGAUGCCGAUAAGGAGCAUGAUACGGCCAACAUUCUCAUGAACCUGGGUAAAUCGAUGGAGAAGCUCUUGACUAUGCCAAAGGAGGAAUUCGAGCGCUAUCGACGAUCCAGCUCCAACAAGAUCUCCGCCGAAGAGGAGCAGGCAGUGCCCGAAGCCUACCACUACUCGACCUACGGUGAUUUCCUGAUGCGUUCACAGCUGGAUGCCUACGACCCGCGGCUCCCCGGCACCGGCAUGUUCGAUCUGAAGACCCGGGCGGUGGCCUCCAUCCGCAUGGACGCCAAGAACUUCGAGCAUGGCCUAGGCUACGAGAUCCGGAAAGCCCACGGCACAUACGAGUCAUAUGAGCGCGAGUACUACGACAUGAUCCGGGCCGCGCUCCUCAAGUACUCUCUCCAGGUGCGCAUCGGCCGCAUGGACGGCAUCUUCGUGGCCUUCCACAACAUCGAGCGCAUCUUCGGUUUCCAGUAUCUCAGCUUGCCCGAACUAGACAUGGCAUUGCACGGCCAAUACGACACCACUCUGGGAGACCGGGAGUUCCUCCUGAGUCUACAGCUCUGGAACAAGGUCCUCAACAAGGUCACGGCCCGAUUCCCCAAACAAUCUCUCCGCUUCCACUUCGAAACCCGUGACUCCACGGCCGGACCCCCGUACAUGUACAUCUUCGCCGAGCCCGUCACCGACGAGGAAAUCCACGCAAUCCAAACGAAGAACCAAGCCGAAAUCGACGCCUACCAGCGCCGCGUACUCGAUCUCCCCGGUCGCGCCGAUGAAGACGACGACACAACCACCACCACCAACGACACCGAAGACAUCCCCGCCUACUUCGAGUCCUCCAGCCCCGCAGAUGACCUGGCCGAAGACACCGCCACGACCAAGUCCGAGACCUCCCAAGACGAAGCCGAGACGACCCCAAGCAAAGAAAUCAUGGGCUUUGCCCUCACCGUCCGCAACAUCGUGGAUGGCGAAUACGUGGACCGCCCGAUCCAGUUCCAAUCCCCUAACAAGUGGUCCGUGGACUACGAAUUGAACCACCUCGACAGUAACAAGUGCUGGAAACUCUACAACGCGUGCCAGGAACGUCGCCGGAAGGCUCUCUCCGGCCGCGGCGAGGACGAAACUGAUGUUGCGGCCAAUACGUACAUUCGCCGUCUCCGCGAAUACGCCAAGAAAGGUCGCAAGUACCGCAAGGAGCAGAAUAAGUUGGAUGAGCAGGAGAAGCUGGUCGUUUUGCGCGAUUAA